AGUGUUUUUACUCGUCCAUUCAUCGCCCUUUCCAGGGCGGUCUGCACGAGGCCGUCGCGUUUGGUAGCGUUGCAAACCUCAUGCAGCACCUCUUUACACACGAUUUAAACACGAAUGACGUCAUGUAGCUUGGUAUGUGCUCUCCAUGUUUAACCGUGUGCUUCGCGUGAAGACAACAGCGGUGACCAAGUGAGCGCCGUUUUUAGUGCGUGGCCUGCUGCUGUUUUCGCUGGGUCCGAAAAUGAAUGGCGGCAUGGCGUCGGGGCCCAGUGAUCUCAACGGCAUCCAAGUUGAAAUCCCCUGCGUGGAUUUCGGACGGCUCUCGGCAAGGAUCGAGAGCAUUUCGCUGAAGUUUAAGGCCUGCGGAGUAGACCUGGACAAGCCGUGCAGCAAGAUUGCGGACAACGCGAGCCGCUGCUGGAUAACAGGGCACCUGCCUGCACUGAACGAAGCGAUGCGGGACGCUGCGAUGCAUUUGUUCGAACGUGCUCCCGGCAAGUUAGCUCUGAGCUCGGUUCCAGACGCCAACUUAGACCACCAGAACCCUGAGAGCACCCUCCUCGAAAGCGUCACGUUAGUGUAUUCGCUGCUGAAAGAGCACCGGUGCAUCACGCGCCUGGACGUGGGUAACACAGCAGUUUUGUUCUGCUACUUCCCUGUGCUGCUUUGCAAAGCACUGCCGCAGAACAAAGGACUUGAACAGGUACGAGUUCACCCCGACGACGUCAGAGGUGUUUGGCGCGACACGCGCGCUUUGACUAUCCUGUCGUCCGCCCUGGCAAAGCUGUCUCCGGGACUCGAUGUCUUGGAAGUCAACGAGCUAAUGCCGACUGUCGAGUCGGUGGGAGGUGUCGCUGAGGCGGUUAGGAAGGGCAGCUUGCGCCACCUCGUUAUUAAGAAUGGCACGUCGAGCAAGAUUGGGAGCAGAUUGUUCCGCGCCGUCAGGUAUUCUUCCUCAUUGAGCGUGCUCGAAAUCGGGGGUACCAAGAAACUAGCAUUAUCGAGCGCCGUCAUCUUGUCAGAUGCAUUGAAGCGUAACAAAACGCUCCGAAAACUUUCGAUAGAGUGGUUAGCAAAAGACGCGGUCGGAACGCUGCUCAAAUCCCUGAAAGAGAACACGACCUUGGAGGAGCUGUCACUUGUCUACUCGUACGACGAACCGAACUCCAUCCUUUGGGAAGGCUUCGAGGCUGCGCGUGUGAAUCGUGUACUUAAGUGCCUGAAGCUCGUUGGUGUUAAUUUGAUCAAUAGCUGCGCGCUAACCAUCGCAGAUAUUCUGAGGGAGAAUGACGCGCUUCAGGAAGUCUGCUUGUCCGAGAACAGCAUCACUGAUCUCGGAGCUAGCGCGCUAGCCAAGGCCUUGCAACAAAACUCGACCUUAAAGCGUCUGGACAUAUCUGAGUGCACGUUGAGUUGUGACGCCUUGUCCAGCUUCGUAGAAUCGCUCUCACUCAACACCACGGUCGAGUGCGUUCGACUCGGCGCUGUUGACGUUCCGGAGACUUGGACGCCGAGUUCGCCCCUUACUGCGAACCACUGCGCUCGCCUGGAUGUAACGUGGAACGCGUCUGGUCUGGAAGACUGGGCUGCGUCGCUACGACAAGGGGAACACCAUUUUUCUCGACUUUGCGUUGGCUGGACUGGGGAUGCCAAUUCGUCCGGCGUCAUUCACUGGUUUGCCGCUGUGAGCGCGAGUGGCGUUUUUCUCACAGAGCUCGUCAUCAACUGUCCCGCAGCAGUCGCUCAGGAGUGCAGCGAAGCUGUGGUGUCCUUUCUGGAGACCACUCGUUCUUUGAAGAAGCUUAGCGUGGAUUUGGCGGACCACUCUUAUAGCUAUGUGGCUGCCAUCGUACGAGGUCUUGUCCGUAACAAAAGCGUCAGCGAAGCCAAAUUCCGCCAGUCCUACCUCAUAGACCGUGUCGCCAAAGCGCUUCAAGAACUAUUGCGUACGAACCGGACCUUGCAACGUCUGGCGUUCAAGGCUUACUUAAACAGAGGGCAUGCCGUCCAGUCUCUGGCGCGCGCUUUGGAGGACAACUUUGUUCUUAUGUCGUUCGAUUUUGACGACCCGCCUCUCGUCAGCUUGUAUCCCAUCCUGAGCAUCCUUAACAGGAAUCAGUCGUUUCUCAAUCGUGCCGUCGACUGCGUGUUGAACUCUUCCGCGGAGGAUGACUCUAUACGGGCCCUGCGCCUUCUCUGCGAAAGUGAAUCGCUGCUCGACGCAGUUGUUGAAGUUUCGGGCAAGGGACGCGAUGAAUGCAGGAGCCUAGUGCAGGAAUCAGUUCGCCGCCUACAGAGCGCGUUGGAAAAUUUGUGACGUCGAAAGUGCUGUGGUGACGUUGUCUAGUAUAGAAA